AUAAGCCAAAAAGUAGAGAAACCAUAUUCGUGUUCGGAAUGCGGGAAGGGUUUUACGCGGAAAUACAAUCUUAAUAUACACCAGAAAAGUCACAGAGGGGAGAUCCCGUAUUCGUGUUCCGAAUGUGGGAAAUGGUUUUCUUUCAGUUCAGAUCUCACAAAACACAAGAGAACUCACACGGGGGAGAAGCCAUACUCCUGUUCUGAAUGCGGAAGAUGUUUUUCACUCAACUCUGACCUUACCAAACACAAGAGAAGUCACAAAGGGGAGAAGCCUUUUUCAUGUUCCGAAUGUGGAAAGUGUUUCCGUUUGAAACAUUUCCUUACUGAACACCAGAGAACUCACACGGGUGACAAGCCGUACCCCUGUUCUGAAUGUGGCAAAUGUUUCGUCAAAAAAUCGUACCUCGAUAGACACCAUUCCAUUCACAGCGGAAAAAGGCCGCAUUCGUGUUCGGAGUGUGGAAAAGAUUUUGCUAGUAUGUCGACUCUUAACAGUCACCAGAUAAUUCACACGGGGAUGAAACCGUUUUCUUGUGCCAAGUGCGGUGAAAGUUUUUCUCGAAGAUCGACGCUUAACGUACACGAAAGAGUUCAUACGGGGGAGAAGCCCUACGCGUGCCCUAUAUGUGGGAAAUGUUUCGCACAAAAAUCAAGCCUCCCGAAACAUCAAAAGACUCACACUAAGGCUGUCCGAUAUGUCUGGCAUUCCUGUUCUGAAUGUAGGAGGUGCUUUAGGAAUAGAUCGAAUCUACAUGCACACGAGGAAGCACACAAGAGAUUAAAUCUAAUGUUAGAUCAGAUCAAGAACGCCAUUGACGAAUCUUAA